AUGGAGUUUGAAGAAGAGGAAAACAUAUUAGAUGCUAAAAAGAAAAGAACUCCAAACUUUGUGUUGGCUGAACGGUUACAUCUCAUGGAAAUCAUUUCAAAAAAAUAUGGUACAAUCCUGGAGGAUAAAAAAACAGAUAGGACUUCUGUGGAAGACCGAACAAAAGUUUGGCGCAAAGUCGAAAAUGACUUUAAUGCUACUAGUACAUGGGGGAUAUUUCGUGACAAAGAAUCCCUUAAACGUUUAUAUGAGAACCGAAAGAGGGAGGUAAGAAGGUUAAAAGCAAAAGAAAGUCAGCUUCGGUUAAGAACUGGAGGGGGUCCUGAAACCAAGAUAAAAAUAGAUCCAGCGGAUGAAUUGCUACUUUCAAUCAUGAAUAAGAAGAGUGUUGAGGGUCUUACUAACAAUUUCGAUUGCGACAACACUUUUCUGAAGACAACUUCUCAACAAGCUACAGAGCCAACUGCUGAGUUUAAUGUAGCAAAAGGAGUAAUGGUGUCUGACAUAGAGGAUGAUAUGGUAUGGGUUGUCCCAGAAGAUAAUCAGACUACAGCUUAUGAAUUCGAAACAGAGAAAUAUGUAGAAAGUUGUAAGACUGAGAGAAAUUAUGACAUUUGUGAUCAAGAACCCUCUACCAGCACUAGUAGUAAAAGUAUUGAUAAUGCAGAAGAACCCAACUGGAAAAAGGGCACUGAUUUGCAAAAACCUAAAGAUCAAGCUCUUGUUCCACCACAUUUAAGAGGGAAAAAAAGAAAGAAAGCAGUAGAAACAACACAACCGAAAAGACAAGGAGUCAAAAUUCUGUCAUCUUCAAAUAUUGCCAAAAAAUACGACAUACUUUUGGACCGGCGUGCCAUUUUAGUGGACAAGCAAAUUGAGCAAAUAAACGAAGAAUUACAUUUCCAAAAAAUAAAAAACAAAUUGGAAAUUGAGAUUCUCAAGUUGAAAGUUGAAAAGAAAAAAAAGGAGCAGAUUAGUGUAUAG